AUGGUUCAACUUUAUGCAGAUGUUAUUUUAUUGAUUAUGCUUGAAUUACAAGAUGAUCUUUCAUCUUUACAUUCUUGCGUUCUUGUGAGUAGAUCUUGGUCUCGGAUAGCCGUACCUUUCCUAUGGAAAUAUUUCUCUUGUAUCAAUGGAUUUACCUAUAAUCGUGACAGGGAAUCACGUAUAAAAUUAUACAAAGUAAUAGCCAAUUUUUUGCCGAUUGAAUCAGAAAACCUUUUGAUCAAAAGUAAUAUUAUAUUGCCUUCAUAUAAAUUACCAAGAAAACCAACAUUUGAAUAUAUGAAUUAUUUUACUCAAAUCACGCCAUGUUGGAUUAAAGAUAUGGUGCAACUUUUUAUUGAAGAAGAUUCUAUUUAUAAAAAAAAUUUAUUAGAAGUCCAAAUUUACAAUUUAAUUUUUAAAAAUUGUAAAAAUAUAAACCAUUUUUAUUUGAAUACUGAUAUAAAAUUCUAUAAUUUUCCAAGUGUGGGAUCAUUUUUUUUAAAUCUACAAUCUCUUGGAAUUAGUUUUGAAAAUAAUAUAGUAACUUCAAAAACAUUACUCGAACUUUCCACUAUUUGCCAAAAUAUAAAAAUUUUAGAGAUAAAUUAUUGUAAUGAGGAUUCUAAAGGUUUAGCUUCAUUUAUUGAAAUGCAACAUGAUCUGCGGUACUUAUUUUUACAUUUUAUUAAUAAUAAUAAUAAUAAAAACAAAUAUCCAUUAUUAAGCAAUGUAAUCAAGGAAAAAGGCUGCCAUAUUAAAAAUAUUUUUGGUAACACUACUUAUCGAUCCUGGUUCAUUUUUAAGUUUAAUAAAUCCACAACAUUAUGA